GACCCGGUUUGGCAUUUCACCGGUCAAAUCAAAUGUUUAUGUUUGACUUUAACCUGACAGAAUUCCAUCAUUGCGGUUUACCCCUUAAUGUUUUUUGUUCCAUGCAAUUGAAUCCUUAAAAUUGCAAAAAGUUGUAGUUUAGUACCUACACAGGUUUUAGACCCUUCUGAAUUCAUUUGUGGGCUCGGGAUUUUCACAUUCAAGUCAAGUUUUGCGACAUUAGACUGUUCUGCAAACCAGAUUGAUCAAACAGAGCUCAAGAGUUGGAGGCAUGAAACAGGUAGGGAUGAAUGGGGAUCACGAUUGGCGAGCACACACACAGAAAGUAAAAAAAACAGUGAUUUGUGUUGCUACUGGCGUUGCAGUUGAGAGGCAUGUUGGGUUUUUGCUCUAUGUGAUAAUGCAUUUGCAAAAAAAAUAAAGAGAGAUAAAAGCAAUUAUAUAAUUUCAUGUGUGCAUGGGCCAUUAUUUAUUGAAUGCAAUGAAUGGCUCUGUGGCUUUUCCUUGAGCAGUGGAAAGGCUUUGGUUUCGGGUUUUUUUCCCUAUAAAAUACAGGUUCCCUCAAAAUUUGGAGAGAGAGGAUUCAACUCGGACCAGACCUCAUUUAGUUUGUUUCUCAAGAAAAAAGCAUAUCAAGAGAGAGAAUUCGCAGGUCAUAGUAAUCGAUGGCAGGUGAUCCAGAAGGUGAGAUCAAGGAUGAGAAGAGCCCUCGCCCACUCGACGAGGACGACAUCGCUCUUCUCAAAACUUAUGUACUGUCUUUCUCUCUCUUAAACCCUUGCCAAAUCGACGAGGACGACAUCGCUCUUCUCAAAACUUAUGUACUGCCUUUCUCCCUCUUAAACCCUCGCUCACUCGACAAGGACAUCGCUCUUCUCAAAACCUAUGGUUUGGGACCUUAUUCUACCAGCAUCAAGAAAGUGGAGAAGGAAAUCAAGGAAAUGGCCAAAAAGGUCAAUGAUUUGUGCGGUAUCAAGGAGUCUGACACUGGCUUAGCUGCACCCAGCCAAUGGGAUCUUGUAUCUGAUAAGCACAUGAUGCAGGAGGAGCAACCCCUGCAAGUGGCAAGGUGCACGAAGAUCAUCAACCCAAACACUGAAGAUGCAAAGUACAUUACAAAUGUUAAGCAAAUUGCAAAGUUUGUUGUUGAGCUUGGGGACAAAGUUUCCCUGACUGAUAUUGAAGAAGGCAUGAGUGUCGGCAUGACGUCCCUAAAGUAUCUUGAUUUUUGAAGGUAGGAGGCCGCUAUUUCAAUGAAAAGUCAUUUUUGGACAGCCACUUUGUACAUAUAUAUUCAAUGAAGACAGGUUACUCUCAUGUCCUAUCCUCCUAUAUCCCCGUUGAUUGGGGAUAUUGGUUACUCUUAUUAUUGUUAUUGUUGUCUCUUGGAACCGGACAUAUGAAAAUUCAAGUCUGUUGAAGUCCUCAACAUAAUCUCUUGGACUUCAUAUGUAAGAUUACCAAAGUUUGAAAUAUAGGAGUAUUUGUUUGGAUAAUCACUUACUCUCAUCUGUUUGUUUGGAUAUCCACAGAAGGUUUGAACUCGCGUUUGGAAGAC